AUGCCUAUUAAGGAUGCAGUCAGGACUAAUAUCUUGUCACGUAAUUGGAGGUACAAGUGGUAUACUCUACAAGAUCUUGUGUUUGAUAACCGAUGUUACUGGGGCCCCGGGGAUUGGCGACAAAUGCGGGAGAACUUUGGGAGGGCAGUUAAAGCGAUCCUCGAUGUUCAUCCUAACUCACGAAAGUUCGAGCUCAGCUGCUGGCUAUAUUCUCCCAUGGAUUACCUUGACGACUGCAUUAAUACUCUAUCUACAAAGUCCAUUCAAGAAAUCGUAAUCAACCUCCGUUUUUAUGGUGGCUAUCCUUCUUAUGAGACUCCCAGCGACCUCUACAAGUGCCAGCAUUUGGUUCAUUUAAAACUCAUUGGAUGUGUGCAGAUUAUCCCACCUUCAUUUAAGAGAUUCAUGAGCUUGGUUACUUUGUACCUUGACAAUGUAGAGCUGCCUGUCGAUUUAGUUAAGAAUACUAAUGACUCUCGCAAUUAA